UAUAAUCUACCUUUCACAUUUCUAAUCAGUUCUAUGUUCGAUACUCUAUCGUGUAAAUGAUCAAUCGAGUGAUUAUCAACGUAUCUGCAAUUCCUAGGCUCGUUCCAAAGAUGAAAUUUGCGGUGAUCGGUGCUGGAGCAGCAGGUUUAGCGGCUCUGAGACAUUUCACUUCCAAUACUUACAAAGAUGAAAUCGUUUGCUACGAGAAAACAGAAGAAAUCGGUGGCACUUGGGUUUAUAGAGAAGAAACUGGUUUGGAUCGGUACAAUUUACCGAUUCAUACCAGCAUGUAUAAAAGUUUGAGGACAAAUUUACCGAAAGAAGUGAUGGGUUUUCCUGAUUUCCCGAUACCAGAUCGACCAGAGAGCUACUUGACGCGCAAUGAAAUACUUAAUUUUCUUAAUUCCUAUUGCGAUCAUUUUAAAUUGAGACAAUACAUUCGCUUUCUUCAUCACGUUGAAUACGUAGAACCAAUCUCGGAGAAACGUAAAUGGUCGGUUAAGGUCAGAGAUUUAAAGGAGAACGUUGUUAAAACUGAGACAUUCGAUGCGAUUAUGGUUUGCAAUGGUCAUUAUUUCGAACCCUUUACUCCGAAUUUAAAAGGUCAGAACGUUUUUCAAGGAGAUCAACUGCACAGCCAUGAUUACAGAGUACCGACUAUCUUUAAAGAUAAAACUGUCGUUGUCCUUGGUGCAGGUCCUUCCGGUAUGGAUUUAGCUCUCGAAAUAUCGACGAAUGCAAAACGUGUAAUUUUAAGUCAUCAUUUGAAAGAGACGAUACUGACAAAAUUUCCCGAUAAGGUGGUUCAGAAAACAGACGUCGUAGAGUUAACCGAACACGAUGCAGUUUUUCGAGACGGCAGUAAGGAAACGAUCGACGUUAUAUUCUAUUGUACAGGAUACAAAUACAGUUUUCCUUUUCUUUCGGAAAAAUGCGAUAUUCGUGUGGAUUCGAAUAUGGUAACACCGCUUUGGAAACAUCUUGUGUCUAUAGAAAAUCCUACUCUCGCAAUUGUCGGAUUACCAUUUUAUGUUUGCGCCUUUAGUAUGUUCGAUCUGCAGAUACGAUUUCUUUCGCGGUUUUGGCACGGAGAAAAAACGUUUCCUGAAAAAGCAAUGAUGUUACAAGAAGAGUCGGAAGAAUUGGAAAGACGUAUUAAAAAUGGAUUGAGUAAAAGACACUUUCACAUGAUGGGAAUGGAACAAGGCCAAUAUUACGAUGAUUUGGCAAAUACAGCUGCGAUAACUCGACUCCCUCCGGUAUUAGUGAAAUUGCAUAACGAGAGUAGUAAGCGUUUUUUGGAUGAUUUGGUACAUUAUCGAGAAGAUAGGUAUAGAAUCAUUGACGAUUAUAACUACGUGCAACUCUGAAGAUAUACUUUAUAAAAGAAAGAGACAGAUAAGCGAUGGAAUGACAGAUAAAAGCAUACGAUGCAAUAAAGAUUUGUUAAAAAAGAAUGAAAAACUUUAUGGCAAAGGUUUAUAUAGGUAGGAACUAUACGUUAUAAACAAUAUGUUUUAUUUUGUGUAAAAUGAAGACGAAAACAUUAUAAGUACUUAUAACUAUAUAGUACCGAUACAUAAAAAAUGUUUUGUCAUAUCAAUGCUUUUGAUUUUGAACUAUGAAAGAGUUACAAGAUAUUGAUAAAUCCGUUUGAUUAAAAAGAAAUCGCGUGAAAUUUUAUGCGGUAGCUAUCCCAUUACCUAUAAACAAUUAAAGUUAAAAAUUAAUGCUUAAACGCGUAAGUAUGAUUCUAUAUCGACGAUUUGAGAUAAACUAACUAUAUUUGAUAGCAACCAAAAAGCUCUGAAAUAGCAGUGUUACGUAUGUACAAUGUCAAAAAAAAAAAAAGAUGCUAUUAAAUAAUAUCCUGCGCAUUUGCGUUUAUUUGAGAAUUCACAGCACGCGACAAUGUAUCAAGUACAUUUUCUGCUUUUCAAAUGAUUAUAUCUUGAUUAAAACACGAGAUUAAAACUAAGGGGAUGUCUUUUACUAAAUAGAAAAAAAAUAAUAGGGAUAAGAGAAGCACUUUAAAGAUAAAUACGAAGAAACAAUAAAGAGAAUAAAAGAGAA